CACUGUACAAACACAUACACCUUAACAGGGCUCUCUCUUUGUCAAGCAAAGAAACGUUCAGGCACUUUCUUCUUCUCCUAAAUUCUGUCUCUCUCUCUCUGCUGAUAAUGAAUCAUUCCCCCCCUCUCUCUCUAACAAACUGACACACACACACACAUAUAUAUAUAUAUAUAUAUAUAUUUGUUCUCUUUCUGAUCGAUUUUCUUUUGCUGUGAGCUUCACUACUUCAAAGGGCUGGCUAAGGCAAGUGGCUGCAUGAGACAUGUUAUCUUUUUUCUUUGCAUAGAGGCGGAAGAUUGUAAUAAUGGCUUCAAGAGCAAUCUUGCAAAGGAGGAGAAACCUGUUCAAUUCCCUAAAUCAAUCCACUCUCUUGAUUCGAGGUUUCCAAAGUUUUGAGCAUGGACGACCAUCCCCAACUAAUGAAUUAGUGAAUUCAAGCUUGGUUGCAAAUCAUGCAAUUGCAGGCACUGAUUACAGAAAUGAAGGAGGUUUAUCUUCAGUGAACAAGGAUGAAUCACCAGCUCUUUUAACAGCAGGAUUUCGUAGGCAUAGCUCCUUUGUUAGUCCAACUCUUGGUUAUGGAAUUGGAAGGGAAAAUUUUAUUCCUCAUUUUGGAGUUCAGUGGAUUUCACAAUCUAUUCACUAUGCUUCCACAGCUGCAGCUGGUCAACCUGAAACAGCUGGUGGUAGUGAUGAAAAUGAACAAAAGGUUGCUAAAAAGGCGAAGGAAGCUUCACCAGAGGAGUGUGAUCAAGCAGUUGAAGGUUUGAGUAAUGUUAAAGCCAAAGCAAAAGCUAAGCAGAUGCAAGAACCUCAAAAGAGUGUUGAAUCUAUAAUGAAGAAAGUAUGGGCCAAGCUUCUGGGGAUUGGUCCUGCUUUGAGAGCUGUUGCCUCCAUGAGCAGGGAGGACUGGGCUACGAAGUUGGUCCACUGGAAGGAUGAAUUUAAAUCUACAUUGCAACACUAUUGGUUGGGUACAAAACUACUUUGGGCUGAUGUUAGGAUCAGCUCAAGGUUAUUGUUGAAGCUUGCUAAGGGGAAGAGUCUUUCUAGAAGGGAGAGACAGCAACUCACGCGCACCACAGCUGACAUUUUUAGGCUAGUUCCUGUUGCAGUUUUUAUUAUAGUUCCAUUUAUGGAGUUCUUGCUGCCAGUAUUCCUGAAAUUAUUUCCCAACAUGUUACCAUCAACCUUCCAGGACAAGAUGAAAGAAGAGGAGGCUUUAAAAAGGAGGCUGAAUGCAAGAAUAGAAUAUGCAAAGUUUCUUCAGGAUACAGUGAAAGAAAUGGCAAAGGAAAUUCAACACUCUCGAAGUGGAGAUAUUAAGAAGACAGCGGAAGAUCUUGAUGAAUUUAUCAAUGAGUUCAGAAGAGGUGGCCGUGUUUCCAAUGAUGAAAUUUUAGGAUUUGCUAAGUUGUUCAAUGAUGAGCUUACUUUGGAUAACAUCAGCAGGCCUCGGUUGGUAAACAUGUGCAAAUAUAUGGGGAUCAGCCCAUUUGGAACAGAUGCAUAUCUACGGUUUAUGCUUCGGAAAAGACUGCAAGAGAUCAAGAAUGAUGAUAAGAUGAUUCAAGCCGAGGGUGUGGAGUCCCUUUCAGAAGCAGAACUUCGUCAAGCCUGUAGAGAUCGUGGAAUGCUUGCAUUAUCUUCAGUGGAGGAAAUGCGGCAACAGCUUCAUGAUUGGUUGGAUUUAUCUCUCAACCACUCACUUCCAUCUUCCCUCUUGAUUCUUUCUAGAGCAUUCUCUGUGUCUGGUAAAAAGCCAGAGGAAGUUGUUCAAGAAGCAAUCUCCUCUCUGCCAGAUGAGGUUGUGGAUACUGUUCAAGUGACAACCUUGCCAUCUGAAGAUAUUGUUUCAGAAAGGAGGAGGAAGUUGGAGUUUCUAGAAAUGCAGGAAGAAUUGAUCAAGGAAGAAGAAGAGGAAGAGGAAGAGGAGCAGGCCAGGAUGAAGGAAUCUGCCAGUAGUCAAAAGGAUGUUGCGUUGGAAGAGAUGACUACAGCAACAGCUAGUGAAGCACGAGAACAGGCAAGAGUGAAAACAAUGGAGAAAGUGGAGCAGCUUUGUGAGCUCAGUCGUGCAUUGGCCGUUUUGGCUUCAGCAUCUUCAGUAAGCAGGGAGCGAGAAGAGUUCUUACGACUUGUCAAAAAGGAGAUAGGCCUGUAUAACAGCGUGGUGGAGAAAGAGGGUACAGAUGGUGAAGAAGAAGCUAAAAAAGCAUAUAAAGCUGCCAGGGAGGACAGUGACCAUGCUGCUGAGACAGCUGCGGAUCAGAAGGUUUCUUCAGCACUUAUAGACAGGGUUGAUGCUAUGCUCCACAAGCUUGAAAAGGAAAUUGAUGAUGUUGAUGCAAAAAUUGGAGAUCGUUGGCGGUUGCUGGACAGGGAUUAUGACGGUAAAGUGACACCUGAGGAGGUUGCAUCUGCUGCUGCAUACCUCAAGGACACCUUGGACAAGGAGGGUAUUCAGGAACUUAUCAGCAACCUUUCCAAGGAUAAAGAAGGAAGGAUACUAGUUGAAGAUAUUGUCAAAUUAGGCAGUGAAACAGAAGAUACUGAUACAGCUGAAGCAGGGAAAUCAUAGAGGAUAUAUAUAUACCCCCAUAUAAUUAAUUCAAACUUAUCUUUCCGGUUGAACUGACUUCUUGGUAAGAGCAAAGCUUACAUUAAUACUUUGACAAUUACCACCAUCCUCAAUAUAUGUAAGAUGUUGGCUUAAUGUGCACCUUCACCUUUAACCAAAGAGAAAAGUAAAGAUUAUCUGUAGUUGUAGAAGUAGAAAAUAGUAAUGAAUUCCUUUACUAUUUUAAAAGAAGAUCAAGUAUGCGUCUACACACAUUACAUGUUAAA